AUGGCCACUCAAACUAUCACUCACUCACAUCUUCAUCCUCUUCAUCAUAUCUCUCUCAUCGAUCAAUCUCAUUCUAUACAUCCUUCGAUGAGUUUCAUCCCUGCUGAUUAUCCAGAAUCUCUUACUGUCUGCCCGAAAAUCAAAUGCGAGCCAUCUCACACCCCUCGACCAGCAAGUCCUUUAACCAAACCUCUGCUAACUUCUUUCGAUUGUCGAUCUGCUGAAUCGUCUCUCAAAUCUUCAACUUCAAUCGAUCACUGUCACUCUAACUCGAUAUCUAAAGAAGCUACUGUAACUGCUCCUAAACGCAAGAAAGCCAAUCGAGCUUGUGCUCAUUGUCAAAAAGCUCAUCUGACGUGUGAUGAUGGUAGACCAUGUAGAAGAUGUACCAGACGUGGUUUAGGUGCAUCUUGUGCAGAUGGCUUUAGAAAGAAAGCCAAAUACUUGAGAGAUUAUGAUGACGAAUUAGUGACUAGACCCAGAAUUCGACCACCGAUCUAUCCAAGUUCUCUUACAACACCUCAAAACCUAUCUAACCCCGAUCCAUCUCAAUUUAUCUCCUCCACUCCCGCUGGCCCCGCCAUACCUGAACCGUCGUUCAAUUAUCCGAUCCGACUUGGUAAACCCUUGAACCAACUCGCAACCACUCAAGGUUUCUGUUCACCUCUCUCUGCACCUCUUUCACCAAGCUCUACUGGUCCGAUCUCAACAUCAGUGGAUUCAUUCACCAAUGGGAUAGACUGGCCAGACUUAUCAGAAUUCGUAUCACUCGAUAGUUUUCCUAAUGGUUUAUUAGAAGAAUGUUGGGGUAAUCAACCUGACAUUGAUCUUGGGCCUGAUGCAUGGCUUAGUAAAGGUGAAAUGGCAGGUGAAAUGAAAAGUCCAAGAAGACCACCUACUCCACCUGCUUCUUUGGCUAUUGGUUCUUCUUCUUCUCAAUCUACUUCUUCACCUAUUAGAGAUGAUUGGAUGGGAUUCGAAGAACAGGAUUGGAAAAAAGUCGAAGCUAGAAUUGGUGAUGAGAAUCGGUUUCAUGAAUUAGAACAAUAUCUUGAUCAAAGGUUUAGCUUACAUCCGGAAGAUGACGAGACUCGAGCUAUGCGUAGUGUAGUGGCCAACUUAAGACCCGAAUUACUAAAUACCCAGUUCUCUAUCAAUGAUGAAGAUGCAGAAUUACUAGAGCGAGCCGUUCAAAGAUCUCUACUUGAACUAGAGAGAAUGAUCUCUGUGAGUGGUACACCGACGGUUGUUUGGAGAAGGACGGGUGAAGUGGUAUGUGUAGGUGAUGAGUUUUGUAUGUUGACGGAUUGGAGUAAGAAUGAACUAAAAGAGAAGAAGUCUAUCUUUGAGCUCUUUGAAAAUGAUAGUGUAAUCAAAUACUUUGAAAAGUUUGAUGAAGCUGCAUUCGAGAAUCUCAAUCAACAGGUCGUGAUGAAGUACUGUGGUCUAAUAUGUCCAGGUGGAAGAAUAGUAGGAUGUACAUUUUGUUUUACAAUCAAACGAGACUUGUUCAAUUGUCCUUCAUUAGUGAUCGGUAACUUUCUACCAAUCCUAUCUUCGACACUGCUCACAUCCAGUUAAAGAUUCAUUCACUUCUUCAUCAAUGAUCUCUACAAACUCAUUUUAGGAAAACUUUGAAAAGUUAUAGACUUAUCUGACAUUUCAAGUUAACCAUUUUCUAAAGAUGUAAAUAAUUUUAGAAUUUCUUCUUGUUCAAACUUUUUUUUUUGCAGCAGAUAAAUCUUUAGACAUACAUAGAUUGUAUAUAGCAUACUCAACAUUUGUUUAUAGACAUCUCUUUUUUUCUCUCUCUCUCUAUCUCUCAAUCUCUAUAUUACUUUUGUUUUGGGCUCGUUGUUCAUAGUCUGAUUUAGCAUUUGGGUACACUGGGGUUUUUUUGUGUGUUUUCAAAAAUCAAGUUUUAUUCAUACAUAU